CCAAGCUGCUAUUGAUUGACCUGAUUCAGGGCCCAGACUGAGGGUGCUGAGCAAACCACUCCUACGGUAUGUGACGAGAAUGUCACUGGCUGGCGGUGUUAGUAGUCAGAUGUAGAUGGUGGCUCACCCUGCACUGGAGCAGAAGUGUUGUGAGGAGAUGAAUCGAGGUUUGUGACUGGACAAUAACAUACUGAGGACAUACCACAUCUGUGUGCUUUGGGACUGAUAUUUUGCAUGGCCACAGCCUCUUGGUGGUUGACCAUUUGUUCCCGAGUCCAUUUGCGGUGACACAGUCAAGAAGCUUUUGAUUUGACACUUGGCGAGGCAUGAAAGUGAAAAAGACAACAGGCAGAAUAGGCUCCCAGAAGGUGGAUAACAUAACUUAGACAGCCAUCUGUACACUGAACAGUCAUAGGGGAAAUGGCCCUCAGUCAUCUAUAUCAUCACACAGCCAGUGCAGUAGCUAGCUAGGAGGGUGAAUCAAGCUUGGAAUUUUCAUUGCUCAGAGUUACAUCAGGAGAGUGUACUCGUGUCAGUGCACAGUUGGAAGGGAAGGGGGGAGCAUGGAGUGGUGGGAGAAACAGGCUCUGUUUGAGUCUUCUUCCUCUACCCUGACAUCCAACAAUCCUCUGGAUGCACCCAGCUCUGCUGAGGGAUCAAGUGCUUUCCAAUUUUACGAAGAGAAUCGAUUGCGCUACACAGAUGAAAGGGACGCUGUACAGAAGAAAACUUUCACUAAGUGGGUGAACAAGCAUCUUAAAAGGCACUGGCGAUUGUCAAAGUCUGUAAGGCAAGUGGGUGACCUAUUUGAAGACCUGAGGGAUGGCAACAAUUUAAUCACACUGCUUGAGGUUCUGUCACAAGAAACUUUACCCAGAGAAAGAGGAAGGCUGAAAUUCCACAAACUUAACAAUGUGCAGAUUGGGUUGGAUCUUCUCAAAAACAGAGGGAUUAAACUUGUCAAUAUCCGAGCGGAUGAAAUUGUUGAUGGCAACCCCAAACUGACUCUUGGAUUGAUAUGGACCAUAAUAUUGCAUUUUCAGAUAUCUGAUGUGAUAGUGCCUGGCCAAGCUCCAGAAUUGAAUGCUAAAGAUGCCCUCUUGUUGUGGAGCAGACGGACGUGUGAGGGAUACCCUGGAGUCAAUGUUCGAGACUUCUCUUCCAGUUGGCGAGAUGGAAAGGCUUUUCUUGCCGUGAUUCACAGAAACAGACCCGACCUAGUCAAUUAUAGAGCCAUACGUAACAAUACUCCUGAAAAGAAUUUGGAACUAGCAUUUAACAUUGCAGAAAAAGAACUAGGAGUCACUAGGCUGCUUGAUCCAGAAGACAUAGCUGUUCCCCAGCCAGAUGAGAAGUCUGUACUGACCUAUGUCUCCUCCUUGUACAAUGUCUUCCCAGAGGUCCCCAGCUUAGAACAGUCCCUGCAAGAUAAUGAACGCCAAAUCCGCUGGGAGGAGUACAGAGGUCUGGCAUCAGCGCUGGUAACGUGGCUGAAGGACAACACUUCCCUAAUGCUGGACAGGACCUUCCCCGUGACUGUAGUAGAAAUGAAGUCUAUGCUAUCAGAAUUCAACCGAUAUAGAAUUGAAGAUGUGCCACCCAGGCUGGCUGAGAAACAGAAAUUGGAACAAUUAUUUUAUGAAUUACAGAAUCUGUCAGUCGGCAGUAGUCAGUUUACCAUAGAUGAGGAGCUGCACAUUGAUAAUGUCAACAGACUUCUGGACAGAUUCACCAUUGCUCAACAAGAAAAAGACAUGGCCAUUCAAGCUGAAACUACUAGACUAGAGAGGCUUCAGCGUCUUGCAGAAAAAGUUCACAAAGAUUCAAAGAUCUGUGAUGAAAACUUGGAUGAUAUUGAAAGGAAAAUGAAUGAGGAACAGCACAGAGUAGAAGUUAUCCAUCCUCUGGAAGCUAAGAAAGGUUGUGAUGCCAUAGACCACGCCCUGAAGCUGACCGAAGGCAGCAUACAGACAUUGUUUGAAGAUGUACAAGCUUUAAAAGACGGGAGAUACCACCUGGCAGAACAGUUGUACAAAAGGAUUUACCAGGUGCAGGAGCGCUGGUUGGCUCUCCGUACUUGCCUGGAAGAGGAAAUCAUGAGCAAGCUGGCUUCCAGGUCGUUUGUGACUGAGGGGAUCAGUAUCCAGAAGAGGACAGAGGUCCAGUUGGAGUCCAGGCUGGUGGAGACCAAUGAAGCUUUCAAGAUGGUGCAGGACUGCCUGGAGUGGAUUGCUGAGCAGCAGAAAAUGUUAGAGGACCAGGAUUAUGGAGAGGACCUUCCCACUGUUCAAGCUUAUCUACAGAAACAUAGACAAGAUAGCCAGAAAAUAGAGGAGUUCAAACAGCACGUGGAAAAGUGUAUCACUGCCAAGUCCACACUGCCAGCUGAUGAACAAAAGCUAUAUUCUCAGUGGAUGUCCAAGGUGGAGGUGGCAUAUUCACUGCUACAUAAUACAUACACACGGAGAACCAAAGCACUGGAGUCACUGCUGGACUUUAUCCAAGCUGCCUCAGUGGAGCUAAAAUGGCUGAAUGAUAAAGAAGACACAGAGGUUGCCAGGGAUUGGAGUUCCCAGACUCUCCAGGCAGAGGAGAUUGAAAAGUACUACCAGAAAAUAUAUCCGGAAGCUAAGAGCCUGAUGACAGACCUAGAAAUUCGUGAGCUUCAAUUCAAUGCUGUACAGGAUAAGGGAGAAGCCCUGGUGAUGGAGAGACACCCUGCCUCCAAAACUAUUGAAGCCCACAUGAGUGCAAUGCAGACCCAGUGGUCCUGGUUGCUACAGCUGACCCUAUGUCUGGAGACCCAUCUCAAACAUGCCACUGCCUACUACCAGUUUUUCGAGGAUGCCCAGCACUGCGAAGAGUGGAUGAAUCGUCAGACCGACCUUCUCAACUCCCACUAUGACAGAGCAGAGGUCAGUGUGGAGGAUGGGGAGAAACUCAUCAGAGAAACAAAGGAUAUGAAGGAUCUGCUUGAUGAAUAUCAACAGAGAAUUGAGGCUCUUGUGGCCAGAAGCAGAGACAUUCUGCCCUUGAAAAUGAGGCGUGAGAGGCUCAUCUCACCCAUCCCUGUCAAGGCCAUUUGCACCUACAAGCAACUCAAUAUGAGUAUCUCUAAAGAUGAAGAAUGCAUGCUGUUUGAUAAUGGACAGAUAACCAAGUGGAGAGUUGCCAACUCCUAUGGCCGUGAAGGCAGUGUUCCUGCUGUGUGUUUUCUCAUACCACCACCUAAUAAAGAGGCCAUGGCAACUGCUGAGAGGCUGAGAAGCCAGUUUGAACAUCUACAAACCUUAUGGAAUGCCAAACAGAGGAAGCUGAGGAGGAAGAUGGUAUUUGCCACCAUUAGAGUAGUCAAGACUUGGGACCUAGAACAGUUCCAGAGACUUGGCCCAGCACAGAGAGAGACCAUCCUGAAAGCUCUCAAUGAUGAUGCAGAGAUGGUACUGUCAGACAGAGAUGGCACCCCAGAGCCUGAGCUGAGACAACUCAGAGAUGAGAUGAAACAAUGUAACCAGAUCUUUGUCCAGCUGACAAACCAGCUACAGCAAGAGGCUGCCAGUCUGAAGUCUCCCAGCAGGUCACUACUGGAGCAAGUUGACCAGCUUCACAGGGACUUGGACCACAAGGAACAGGUGCUCUCAGGGAGGCUCAAUGACACAAUACCCAGGGAGAGAGAAAAACUGGAGCAGACUGUGGUGGAGCACAAGGCCUUUGAGAAUGACCUCCAAGGUUAUGAAGACCAGGUGGAGAUGAUCCGUGGCUCUGUGCGCUCUCCUCAGGCUGCUAACCCACACAUCCAGACCACUAUUGGUGUAGUACUAGAGAAAUGGAGUAACCUGUGGUCCAUGGCACAUGUUUAUGUUGAAAGACUGAAAUGUGUGGAGCUGACUCUGUGUAGUAUGGAUGAAGUGACUGGUCUGCUGACUGGGUAUGAGACUCAUUUGGCUUCUCAGGACAGCAUGACAUCUGACGUAGGAAUACUGAGACACAACAAACAGGAUCUAAUGGACUUGAAGCAGGCAAUGGCCAGUAAGAACAUUCUUGUAAACCAGCUGGUGGAGAAUGCAGCUGCCACACGGCGUAUCACUGAGCGCAGCCGUCCUGGCAUGAUGCAGUACCCUGAUGUGGACAGGCUGGAGAAAGAUGUGGACAGACUGACCACCAGAUGGGAAAAUGUCUGCGACCAAGUAGCACAAAGAAUCCACAACACUGACACUGCCAUAGAAUUGUUGAGUAUGUUCCAAAAUGGCCUGAGUAAGGAGAAUGCCUGGUUAGACCAGCAGCAAGAGGGCCUCCAGGGCCAGCCUCCACUGACGGGAGAUGUGCAACAUGCUAGGGACAUGUUGGAUGCCACUGCUGUUCUGUACAAUGGUUUAAGUGAAAAAAGACCACAAGUAGAAGCUGUGAAUAGCUAUGGAGGCCGCUAUCUUCGAGAGGCAGGGUUUCUAAGGUCAUUCCUGCCCAGCUCUGUCUUCAUGAGCAACUCCUGUGCCUCCCUUCUUUCUCUUAUUUUUUCAUGUCUCAUAACUGCAUGGCUGUGGAAAUGUGGAAGGCCAAGUACAACUUCCUUGCCCCAUAUACAGGAAUUUACAAAUAAACUCCAGGCUUACAAAGAGAGCAUGGAGGAAAUUCACCCCAGCCUGAAUAUCUAUGCAGCCAAAAAACCCAGAAUUCAAUCUGGAGUGAGCAUAGUUGCUGGAGAGAUGGAAUGUCUCAAUAAGAAGUACAUGGAUUUGUUGAAACAAGUCAAAGAUAGGAUGAAGCUGCUGUGUGGUUUAUUACAAGAGACUGUGGAAAUAAAUACUGAGGAGAAAAUUAAACCAGUCAAGACAGGUGAUGCGGAAUCUCUAAUUCAAAAUCUGCAAGAAAAGCAUAACCCUGGUCAUAAUUUAGAUACCCCUGUAUGUGAGUUUGUUGAUGAGCAUCCAAAUCACAAUCGAGGGAAUGCAUUUGGAGCUGGACCCAAUGUUGGAUUUCAUGGAAACACAGCUAACAUGACCGGAAGCGUGUAUGUAGAUGAGCACCCUACUCAUAGCCGGGGAAAUAUCCUUGGUGAUGGGCCUAAUAUUGGAUUCCAUGGAAAUCCUGUGUUUGGAAAACCUCAAAAAUUUGGGAACAUAACUCAUGAUCCCAGAAGCAAGUUUGUGGAUGAGCAUCCUACUCAUAGCAGAGGAAAUAUCCUUGGUGAUGGGCCCAAUAUUGGUUUCCAUGGAAAUCCUGUGUUUGGAAAUCCACAAAAAUUUGGCAUUACAAACCCUGAGCCCAGCAGGCAGUUUGUGGAUGAGCAUCCUACUCAUAGCAGAGGAAAUAUCCUUGGAGAUGGGCCCAACAUAGGAUUUCAUGGAAAUCCCGUUUAUGGCAGUGUGCAGAAAUCUGGUCACACAGAACAUAAUUAUGGCAGCAAGUUUGUGGAUGAGCAUCCCACUCAUAGCAGAGGAAAUAUUCUUGGAGAUGGGCCCAAUAUUGGAUUCCAUGGAAAUCCUGUUCGUCCAACACAUACUCAAGGAAAUCCUGAUAUGGCUGAAAAAUUCUCAAACAUAACCAGUAUUUCUCUUGUUAGCAAAAAAGUUGGAGGAAACACACAAGGACGAGAUGGGGCUAAGAGUGUGCAAACCAUUAUUACGCUUACAGAAGGCACUCAGUUACCUCAAGGAAUUCUCUACACCAAUGCUGUAUUUGAUCCUCAGUCUGGCCUUAGAAUGUCUCUGUCACAGGCCAUAGAAAAUGGGCUCUUACAACUGAAACGUGAGGAAUAUGUAGAUCCCAGCAAUGGAAAACACCUAAAAUUAUCAGAAGCCUGCAAUCAAGGCUAUGUGGAUCAGGCCUUAGUGAAGGAGUUGUAUUCAUUGUGUGGUAUUUCUGAUCCAUACACUGGAAAAACUCUCACACUGCUUGAGGCUAUAAAUAAUGGCCUGUAUAGUCCCAUCACUGGACUUAUCACUGAUCCCAAGACAGGUAGAGGUUUGACCAUACUGGAUGCUAUAAAGCACAAGAUCCUGACCCCAGAAGCUGCCACCAGGCUCUCACUGGUAAGCAUCACCACUUCAGAUAUGACACAAACACAAGCAUAUUAUGGUGUAACAAGUAUGGCUGCAGCUGAAACAUCUCUCUCCUUGUCUGAUGCAAUAGAUAAGGGAGCUAUUGAUGCCCAUACAGGUCAAUUCUUUGACAUCGUUUCAUGUGAAAAGAUGACCCUUGAUGAAGCCAUGAAACGAGGUCUGCUUGAUGCACGAGUGAUGGAAGUUGUCCACCCUUUCUCCGGACGAAAAGUCACCCUAGCUGAAGGAGUGUCUUUAGGUUUGAUAGACACCAUAGCUGGGAAGUAUGUUGACAACAAAAAUCAAAGAAAGAUGAAUCUUGAUGAUGCUCACCAGAAACAACUGAUAGUGAAGCCUUUCAGUCUGCAUGGUGCUUUGAUGAAAGGCAUUAUCAACUACCAGGGUAGGGUAUACAGUCCCAGGACAGGACUGGUCAUGUCGGUUGGGGAAGCAAUAGAACAUGGUUUGCUGGAUGGCCAGUAUAAGUCUCUCAUUGAUUGCCAGACAAAUGAAGUCCUCUCAUUGUCAGAUGCACUGAGAAGGGGACUUAUCACCAGUGAAGGAAGAUUUAUGAACAAGAAGACCAGGCAAACCAGUUCUAUUCAUGAUGCUGUGAAUCAGGGUCUAAUCCAGGUUAUAAGUGAAGAUACCGUAUUCGUGACAAGGGGAAUAAGAGAUAUGACAAGCAAUGCCAUGUACAGCCUGCCAGAAGCAGUGGAGAGAGGACUGAUGGAUCCAAAUAAUAUGCGCUACAUCAACCAGAGGACAGGGCAGACUAUGUCUGUUCUAGAGGCAAGCCGCCGUGGCUACAUUGAUGUCAGACUGGCAGAGAGGUUACUUACAUUUUCUGGUAUAAUUGAUGUUGUUGGGAAUCAGCUCAGCAUAAUUCGAUCAACCCAGAGAGGGUUCUUUGAUCCUACAAUGGGACAGGUAAGAGACCCAAGUUUAGGUAGAGUCAUGACCAUUGAGGAAGCCACACACAGUGGUGUAUUCACCUUUGAAAAGGGCCAAGAGCUUUUGUUGUUAACUGCUCCAGUCUGUCAUAUAACAACCAUUACAACCAAAAUUCACCCCAUCAACCAGUUUGAGCAUCCAAAGGUUCAACCCUCAAGGGAGUUGGCUGUUGCUAAGAAAAAGCUCACCUUGUCUCAGGCUGUUUCAAGAGGCUUGGUUGAUGAACAACAAGGGACUUUUACUGAUCCAGCCACGGGACAAAAAACAUCUGUGGAGAAUGCUAUAACAUCAGGCAGACUUGGACUCAUCUCAGAGGUGAUCCAGGCUCAUCCCAUGGACUUUGAUGUUUCUGAAACAUCACAUCAUGUUGAAACAGGAAAAGACUCAAGGAUGGAAGUAGAUGUCAGAGAUUCAUAUAAGCAAGAAACUUCAGGCAAUAUGCAGACCUUCAGAGAGACACAUGUCAAGGAUAGGAAAAUAGCCAGAGCCCGAGUUGAGGAAGAAGAUGAUAGUGAUGAGGAAAUGGAAGAAGAAAUAUUAACCCUUUCAAAAUCUCUUCUUCAUGAUCUCUUGAAUGCUAAAAGUGGCUACUUCUUGGAGAAAAGCACCAGAGAGUAUAUCACAUUGCUAGAUGCCUUACAAAAAGAGUUGAUCAGCAGAGAUUCUGCAGUAUUUGUAGAUCCGCAGACCAAGGAUAGUAUGAACAUUGAAGAUGCCAUCAGGAGAGGUUUCCUUGAGUCAACGGGACAUUACACAGAUGCUUUGGGGAAGAGGAUGUCCCUUGAAGAAGCGAUACAAAAGAAUAUUGUCAUCUUCAGAAACAAAGAAGGUGGCGUCAUCACCCAGGCCCUCAAGGAAACCCACAAAUUUACUGUAAUUGGAGUUAUUGAUGCUCAGACAGGAGCCCAUCUUCCCGUAGGAAAGGCAAUUCAGCUUGGGCUGCUUGAUCAGAGUCAGGGACUCUACAUAACUAGGAAUAGAAUGGGACAGCCAGUCAAGUUACCAAUACGAAACGCAAUUCAGGAAGGUCUUGUCAUUAUUGACAGUGGUGCUACCAGAGUGACCAGAGUGGAAGAAACACAAACACUAUCUGAAAGAAUAACCUAUCAGAUCAAAGCUGUUAAAGAUCCCAUAUUUAGGACACCUAUGGCUAUAUCUGAAGCAGUCAAAACUGGGAUCCUGAACCCAAGUAAUGGCCAAUACACCAAUACAGAGACAGGGCAGGUGUUUCAGCUCUCAGAGGCUAUAGAAAAAGGCUUGGUUAUUGCUGAAGUAGUCAAAGGGGAUUCAACUGAUGGCUCAGGCAGUAAGAUAGUAACACGGAGACAAACCACUUUCACCAUCAAGGCAGUGAUAGAUGCAAAAUCAGGAAAACAAAUUUCUGUCACUGAAGCUAUGAAAAAGGGAAUCUUGGAUCAGGUACAAGGCGUUUACAUUAACAACAAGACAUAUGAAACUCUCUCCCUCAGUGAAGCAAUUGAUAAAGGCUUUGUUAUCGCAGAAGCAGGCCAGCUCAAAAGAGAAGAACGCCAGGAGAAGGUUUCCAGUCUUCACAUUGAAGAUGACUUGGAAGAAGUGGCAUCUGAAGAAGUAGCUGAACAGGUGCAAAAGAUUGUCAUUAGGACCGUUACCGAUCCUCGAACUAAAAAAGAACUAGCCUAUGACGAUGCAGUUCAGCAAGGCAUCCUUGACCAUGCUAGGGGCUUGUAUUAUAAUCCAACCACUGGUCGAUCUAUGGCUAUUGCAGAUGCCAUGAACAGUGGCCUCAUCCAAGCUGAGGUUACUAUGGUUACCAGAGAGGCAGGUAUGAGUGUCUCCACUGCUAGGGGAACAAAGGAUGGUUUUGACAUAGAAUCUGUGGUAGAUCCACGAUUUCAGAUGGUGAUUAGUGUUGACAGAGCUAUGAAAGCAGGUAUUUUGGACAGGGAUCUAACUACCUAUACACACCCAUGGACAGGGCUUCAAGUUUCAGUAAAAGAGGCAGUAGAACGAGGGCUGGUUAACCCCCAAGACAAGUCUCCAUUUCAUAUCAGCCAACUGGUAACUACAGUGUUCCAGGAACUAGAACAGAAGCAGGCUGAAGAAAAGAGAAAUGCCAUGCCCGAGGAUGCAGUAGAAAUAAAGAUUGAUCAUCAAGCAAAAGAGACCGACACAGAUUCCAUAACCAUCACAAUGGAUGCUCCUAAAGUUGUGUCAAAGAAAACAGGUGAGCCAGUGUCUAGCGAAGCCAUCUCCAUUGAAGUGACUUCUGCCCUCAGUUUCAAAAGUGCUGUCAAACUUGGACUUUUCAAUACUGAAACUGGCAAGUUCAGAGAUCCUGCAAGUGAUGAAACCAUGAGUUUGAAUUUUGCCAUAGCACGAGGAUACAUUGACCCAGAUGCACCAGCAGUAACUGAUCUCCCAACUGGAAAAUCAUAUACCUUGAAAGAGGCCUUUGAUAAGAACAUUGUGAUACCUUAUUCUGGAAAAGUCAACCGAAAUAUCACAAACUUCAUGGAAAUUGUUCUGGAUGAUAUAUUUUUCUCUCAGACCUCCAGGUCUUUGAACAUGAACAUGGAAGAUGCCAUUAAAUGUGGUCUGCUUGACACCAGUUCUGGUGCCUUCCAUCACCCCAUAAAGGCUGAGAGUGUUACCAUUGGAAGAGCAGUAGAAAAGGAUUACAUCUGUGGAACUUCAGUAUUUAUUGUUGAUCCAAACUCUGGACAGCGUUUUACUUUGGCACAUGCCAUUAGAGCUGGCAUUAUGGAUAGUGAGAUAGGAGAAUUCAGGGACUCCCAGAGUGGCAGGAAAUUGCUAAGUUUCACUGAUGCUGUCAAGUCGGGAUUGGUAGAAAGCGUAUAUAAUCCAGUAACUGGUGAAGUAACUGAUUUGUCUUCUGGUGAAAAAGUUUUGCUGGACAGGGCUAUCAAACUUGGGCAACUAGAUGCCAACGAAGUAUCUGUGUAUGAUUUUGAUGUUGGGAGGCGGGUGCCACUGGAUGUUGCCAUGAGAAAAGGUAUUAUUGAAAGAAGGUCUGGUAAUUACAUUGACCAGAAAACGGGAGAAAAGAAAUCAGCCAAGGAAAUGGCCCAGCUUGGGUUGAUAUCAAUCACAGGGGCUCCAGUUUUGCAUGGAAUGUCAUUGUCAGAAGCCAUUCAGUCUAUCACUGUUAAGAGGACAGCUAAAAUUUCAAUACCGAAGUCAAGGAGGGAAGUAGAAGAAGAAGAGAUGUCUUCACAAAGAGUUGAUAAAACUGCACGCAGAAAGAUCAUAGGACAGCCUCAGCUACAGUUGACUGGCAGCUCUACUGACUCCCCAGCCACCAUAGAGUUUCAUCCUGGUGACAAGCACCAUGAUGAUGAACUUCUCUUUAAGGGUGAAUCUCGUCUGCUAAUAUCCAGGCCUGAACAGCAAGUGCAUCAUUUAAAACCAACAACACCUAUCAGCCCAGAGCCAUCACCUGUGCUAGAUACAUCUAUGUUUGAGAGGAUUCAAAUGACCAGCACUACAAAGCAGCAUGUACCAGAACAGAUAACCCAGAAAUCUACUAAGACUGUUCAUCUGCAGUCAAGGCCACGUUUAGAAGAAAGUAUGCAGAAAAGUCUACAUAUUGUUGAGGAACACCGUCAUGUGGCUGGAAAAUUUACACUAAAUGAAGCAGCUUCUAAUGGAUGGCUUAUUGUACCUUUGGCCAAAGUCAGGGAUAUAGACUCGGGUCGGAUGUUUGGGAUAGAACAAGCCAUCAAGGAGAGAAUAAUAGAGGAAUCUGAAUCUGUAGUUUUGAACCCUAUGGACCGUCAACCAAUGACCCUGAAGGAUGCCAUUUCCAAAGGUGUUUUCAAUCCAAGAAAUGGAGAUUUUACCAACAUGGCAACUGGAAGAGUAUUGACAUUUUCAGAAGCUUCCCUAGAAGGUUUGAUUCCUACAAAUGUCAGCCGUAGGAUUGUAGAACAGCUUCAAAUUGAGCAUGCUGCUCCUAGAAGACCAUCUUUGCCCAAGGAAAUUGGCAUUACUUUCCAGGAAGCUAUGGAAAGGGGUCUCAUUGAUAUUGAGAACAAAACAUUUUCUGAGCCAACAACAGGAGUUGUUAUGCCCCUUGACACAGCAGUGGAUAAGGGCUAUCUCAUCAAUGUCAGUAUUGAGCACAUAAUGAGGAUCAUAGAAGAAAUAAGGCUCCAAAAGAUUGAAGAAAUGGAAAGACAAAAAAGAAUGAUAGAAGAAGAAAUGAGAAGAAAACAAGAAGAAGAAAUGAGAAAAUACAGAGAGGCUCAGUUGAAACGUGAAGAAGAACAAAGAAAAAGGCUGGAAGAAGAGCAGAGAAUUAGGUAUGAGGAAGAGCAGAGAAUUAGGUAUGAGGAAGAACUGAGAAUCAGACGUGAAGAAGAAAUAAGACGUAAACGUGAAGAAGAAAGACGUCGUGAGGAGGAAAGACUGCGUGAAGAAGAACGGCGUCUUGAAGAAGAACUACGCAUAAAACGCGAAGAAGAACUUCGUAUGAAACGAGAAGAAGAACUUCGUAUAAAACGGGAAGAAGAACUUCGCAAUAAACGCGAAGAAGAAUUAAGGAGACAACGGUUAGAGGAGGAAAGACUACGCAGACUAGAACAAGAGCGUCUGCGUCAAGAAGAGGAGGAAAGAAGGCGUAUUGAAGAGGAAAUGAGAAUUCGAAUGAUGGAAGAUGAAGAAAGACGGCGUAGAGAUAACCAAACAAUAAAUUUUACCAGUGUCAGAAGAUACACUACCCAGGGAGGUCAAGAACUGCUUGGAAUGAACAUUUUUGAUGCUGCUGAUAAUGGCCACUUAAAUCCCAUGACAGGGGCAUUUACAGACCCUCAGACUGGUAAUACCUUCACCUUUGCAGAGGCACUGGAAGCUGCCUAUCUUGAUCCAACAUCUGCACAGUUCAUAGAACCGGAGACGAAAAGAACAAUGAAUAUCAUGGAAGCUUUAGAUCAAAAGUUUCUUACCACAACAGGACACUAUGUAUAUCCAGACACUGGCAGGAAAAUCCACUUUGGUGAAGCCAUGGAUAAAGGUAUCAUAGUUGAAUCUAAACAUGAAGGUGAAGUUGUAAAGACAACUGUCAUCAGGGAGCAGAAGCAAAUGAUUGUUGAUUCAGUAACAGAUCCUAGGAGUGGUAGGGACAUAACUUUUGACAAAGCUGUUAAAGAUGGCAUCUUGCAAACUGAGAUGGAGAGAUAUGUUAAUCCUAACACUGGAGAAGCAAUGCCUAUAAGUGAUGCUGUGGAUGAAGGUUUUAUCACAGGUGAGAUUGUUGACACUCAGGUUUCUACUGAAGAACAUAUUUCUUCGGCAGUGAGAAGAACCCUUCACAUAACUGGAGCUAUUGAUACAAGAACAGGAAAGAUGGUUGCUCCAACUGAAGCUGUAGAAGAAGGUAUUUUGGACCUGCCCAAAGCACAGUACAAUGAUCUGAGGUCAGGGCGUGUGUUGCCAUUUGCAGAAGCAAUUGAAAAAGGUCUGCUUUUUGCUGAAGAUCACACUGUGCCUAAGAGAGCCUACAGCCUUCUGUCUGCAAUGGAUCCAAUUUCUGGCGAAACUAUCAAUAUCAAGAAUGCUCUUGACCGUGGAAUACUUCUUGAGAAAACUGGGGUUUAUGUCAACCCAAGGAGUGGAGCUACUGUUCCAGUGAUUGAUGCCAUAAGGCAGAACUAUGUCAAAGCCGAAGAGAUAGAGACACCACCUGGUGUUAAAGCUGGCACAAUAACUGAACAGACCCAGUAUGACAUCAAAGUGGUUCUUGAUGCUGCGAAUAAGGAAUGGUUAUCCUUGAUCAAUGCAGCUCAGCGCAAUAUAUUGGAUUUGCAACGAGGACGUUUCACAGAUACUCUUGCAAAUAAAGUUAUGUCUAUCCCAGAUGCAAUUUCUCAAGGAUUUAUAAAAGCGGUAUUGAAAACACAGUAUAUCUACACAGAAACAGCAGCUACUGGAGCAAUUUUCAGACAAACAAAGACAACCAACAUCAUUGAGGUCAUUGAUGCAUCUACAAGGGAGAGGAUGACAGUGAUAGAAGCCAUCAGGAGAAAGCUUUUAGAUGAAGAAAUGAAAACCUUUUAUAACUCCCAUACCAGAGAGAAUAUGACCAUCCAGCAAGCAAUUGAUGCAGGUUUUGUCAUUACCACACAGCAGCCUCGUACCUCAAGAACAGUACACACCAAAAUUGACUUCACAUUUGAUUAUAUCAUCUUGGAGGGCAACAAAGAAAAGAUGAGUGUAGAUGAUGCUAUACAGCGUGGUUAUCUUGACCCAGCAACAGGUUGCUUCAUUCAUCCAUUGACUGGAGGCCUUAUCACCUUAGAAGAGGCCAUUAAAAGGAAACUCAUCAAAACCCAACCACCCUUAAAACAAACCAGAGAGAAACCAAGCCACAUUGAUAUUCAACAAACACCAGAGAUCAUUGUAACACCAGAAACACCAAAGCAAGUGAAACCUCCAUCAAAACCUCCUGAAGAAGAAGAAGAUCAUAUUGAACUGAGAGAGAUUGCAAGAUCAGAUAUCACACCAGAACGCACUCUACAGGCUGCUAGCUCUCGUGAAAAUCUUUCUUCUCCAACAUCUCCUGGCUCUAUGCCUGUGAGUGGAGGCACUGUGUCAUUCUCCAUAAAGUCUGUCAUUGACCCAAGGACAGGAGAGGAAAUAACAGUGGGGGAGGCAGUCAGGCAUGGUUAUUUGGACAAACAGGGAAGAAAUUAUGUCAAUCCCCAAACCAAUACAAGAAUACCUAUAGAAGAAGCAGUAAGACAGGGUCUUGUAAAGUUGUAUUCUUCUGAUCCUUUUGGCAAAGGAACUAGUCCAUUGGCGAAAGAUACCAAGUCCUUUUCUAUAAAAUCAGUUUUAGACCCAAGGACAAAUGAAGAGAUAUCUGUUGCUGAAGCUAUCCGCCAUGGCUAUUUGGAUAAACAUUCUAGGUGUUAUGUUAAUCCUUACACUGAUGAGAAGAUACCUUUAGAUAUUGCAGUGCAGCAGGGUUUGAUAAGAGUGGUCCAUGUGGAAGAUUCAGUAAAGCAUACUUUGCAAGAAGCACUACAACAAGGCCUUAUUGAUGUUGCAAGAGGGCGCUAUACUCACCCAAACACUGGAGAAAAGAUGAGCAUUGAUGAAGCAGUGCAUCGUGGCCUCCUUAUUGGAGAAUCCAGGGAGGACUUGACAGCUCUUGGUAACAAAUCUGCUUCCAUGGCCUCUCUCCCUUUUGUUGGAAAUGGUGUCACGUUUACUGCAGCCUUCCAGCUAGGGCGUAUUGAUCCUAAUACAGGUCUUUAUCAUGAUCCUGGGUCUGGACACAAGAUGUCAGUCGGUGAGGCAGUUAAACAAGGUCUCAUAAAUCCAGGAUCAUCUACCACGACCAUGACCAGAACUAUCACAAAGAAAGAACAGAGAAGUUUUACAAACCAAGGAUCUGCUACACUUCCUCCACGGCCAUCUGCAUUCAGAACCAUUUCCCAAGAUGGGAUGGCAACUGCAAGAAGGGGGUUGUCCUUUGUUGAAGCCUUGGAAAGAGGUCUAAUUGAUCUCCACAAUCAAACCUUCAAGCAUCCCAGAAGUGGACAUCUGUUGACCUUUGAACAGGCCAAACAAGCUGGUUUACUUAGAUACACAGAGAGAGGACAACCCAUGUUGUUUAUAGAAGCCCUGGCCAGAGGUUUAGUAAACCUGAAAAACCAGACCUUUGCCCAUCCACUAACUGGUCAAAGAAUGGGUAUAGAUGAUGCCUUCUUAAAUGGAUACAUUGUGUCUAACACAAGAUCACCAGUCAUUACCACAUGGUCAUCCACCAUGGCCAGUCGGUCAGUUUCAGUUGGAGAGGCUAUACAGCAAGGCCUGAUAGACCCAAGGACAGGAUUGUUCACUGAUGCUUCAACAGGUGCAAGUAUGCCAGUGGAAGAGGCAAUUAAUCAAGGCUUACUGGUGCCCAGGCUGACCAGAACUACAUCAACCAUGAACCUUCAUCGUAGGUCUUACUCCUCCUCUAACUUAGACAACAUGAAUUAUGAUGGUCGCACAAUGCAGAGAGCUGGCUCACAAACACAAGUGAACCUUGGAUAUGGCUCUAUGCAGAGAGCUCACUCUCAGAUGCAGGUGAAUCGUGAAGCUGGGGGCACCAUGCAGAGAUCACACUCACAGACACAGUUAAUGCCUAGAUAUGACCAGGGUUAUGCUACUUUGGCUGUACCACCUUCAGGCCAAAGUCAGGGUAUGUUCCAUGAGAACAGGCAUUAUAAGACCACCAAAUUUACAAAACAAAAGCAGUACCGUUCUUACGUGAUCAACCCAGGUUAUUACAUUGAUGCCCAGAAGAAUGUUGCUAACCAGGUGACUGGGCAGGUGAUGACCAUACAAGAGGCCAUUGAUGCAGGCAUCUUCCGCUUUACUGACCAGCCACAGGCUGAAAAUAUCCAAGCUGCUACCAGGGGCCGUAGUGGAUCAGCAACACUACAGAAGUCCUACAGGCCAUAUUUCUUGAACCCUGGUUAUUAUAUAGAUAACCAAAAGAAAGUUGUUAAUGAGAUUACAGGUGAGACGAUGACCAUACAAGAGGCCAUUGAAGCAGGCAUCUUCCAUUUCACAGACCAGCAGUCUGGUAGUCGUAGCAGAACUUCUAGUUUGGAUCGCAGGGACAGCAGGGGCAGUGCAGGUAGUGUAAGCACAUUUGGUAGGGGUCACAUGUCCAGCAGCAGGGAGCAGCUUGCAGAUCAACAACUUGCAGAUCAGGGUGUUCAAUCUCAGAGUAUAGAGUCUCGCCGCUUGCUUAUUAAAGAAAACAGACAGGGUGAGGGUGACUUUCCCCUUACACCUGCUUCUCAGCAUGGAUUACAAAGUCUUCAAGUGUCCUCAGACUCUAGAGUUCAGCAGCUAGAGAGAAGAGACAGUCAGCAACAUAACCUGGUAGAAACUUGUAAUAUUCAAGUACCCUCCCUCCCAAUGGGAAACACUAACAUUGCAUGGCAUGUGUCUACCGGUUUGUCACAGCGUAAAGGUUUGAGUUUGACUGAAGUAUUUCAUCAAGGACUGUUUGAUCCAUCAUCUCAAGUUUUCAUCGAUGCAGGUACUGGUAGUGUCCAAGGCCUGACGCUCCAGAGUGCAAUAGAAAGUGGUCUUAUUGACAGUGAACGAACUUUGAUAAAUUUACCAUCUUCAAACCAGCCAAUGACCCUAUCUGAUGCCAUAACACAGGGGCUGGUCAAUCCUAAGUCAGGAGAAGUGAUGGAUGUAUCCACAGGUGAAAGUAUUAGUCUUCUCGAGGCUUACAACUCCGAGUUUAUAUCAGAUUCAGCUAAGGCAUUAACAUUAUCUGAGGUAGUCCAGCUCGGACUUUAUGAUGAUCAGACUGGAUUAAUUACUGGUCCAGGCUCAGAGAAGAAGAUCACAUUAAGAGAGGCUAUUCAACAUAGCCUGAUUGAUCCAUCUUCCAAAGAAAUUAAACACCCAUCCACAGGGCAGAUGCUGACACUGCAAGAAGCAGUGGAGCAAAACCUCCUGGAUUUAGAUUCAGGUGAAUUGCUUAUCUCACAUUCUGGCGAGAGAAUCAACUUGGCAACUGCUGUAGACAUGGGCGUUAUUCUGGAUACAUCUGCCAUUCCUCCAUAUUUACAACAACUAGUAGAAGGAUUCUGGGACAAGUCAUCAGGUAGGAUCAUUGACCCCGUGUCUGGGAAGAUGCUAACUUUAGAAAAGGCCAUUGAAACUGGAAUAUUGGACCCUAAUAAGUUAUUACUUAGAGACCCAGAGACAAAUGAAGCUGUCCCAUUGUUAAAUGCAAUACAAACUGGUAUUGUGGACACCAGCACUGGGCGUGUGUUUGACCCAACCAAAGGCAAAGAUAUAUCAUUUGACCAGGCAGUCAAAGAAGGAAGAGUUAUACAGACACAAUUGUUGCAUGUUCCAGAAGAUGAAGAUAUUCAUAUGGAAAGUGGAAACAAAGGUUUAAACAAAGCAAUUUCUGAUGGCAUUUUAGACUCCACAAGUAAAAUUUACGUCCCAGAGACCCAUGAAAUGUUAAGUAUUCCAGAUGCCAUUGCUUUAGGCAUUGUAGACCCAGAAAAAGGCGUUGUGAACAUUUCCCAAAAACAAUUGACACUCCAGCAAGCUGGACAUGCAGGGCUGUUGAGAAAACCUGAGCUACCAAGAACCUUUACUCAGGCAAUAAGUUGUGGAGCAUUGAAUCCUUCCACUGGGAUAUACACUGAUCCAGUGAGUGGAAGGCAAAUGACUAUGUUACAGUGCAUGGAUAAUGAUGUUUUUGAUUCAACUGUGAAAGAAUUUCAAGAUUCUUGGUCCGGCAAGGAAGUUACUAUGAGUGAAGCAAUACAGCUUGCGAUAUUUGAUCCAGAAACGUGUACAGUUCAAGACAGCAAAACUGAUGAAAGAUUGUCCAUUACAGACGCACAAAAUAAAGGUCUUCUGCUGCAGUUUAGAACUCCUGGAACAUCUGAAAACAGUACACCAAAACUUAAACCAAGAACCGGUAAACAAAAAUCCAUUCCACCUCCUUUGACAGUAAUAACAACUGCAGAGCUUUCUGAAAAUCAGCAACAGAAUGAUUUUAGCUCAGCUGGGAUAGCAUCAAAGCUUCAAGUCCAGAGGCGAGACAGAGAAAGAUCACCAAGUAUAACUGAAGCAGUCACAGAUGGACUGUUGGAUACCAAAACUAACUAUAUCAUAGAUGCUAAAACUUCUAAAAGGUUGUCAAUGUCAGAGGCAGUGAAGAAAGGUGUAAUAGAUACCGAUAACACUUUUAUCAAAGAUUCAGCCACUGGCCAACUGGUACCCAUCAGUGAAGCAGUCUUGAAGGGUUUGGUGGACAGUGAACAUGGUUUUGUGGAGGAUACACUCACAGGUGUAAAGAUUCCUUUAGAAGAAGCUGUAGCUCUUGGGUUGAUAGUAGAUGUUUCACAAACUUCAUCUGACAAAUCCUAUGUUGAUGGAAAACAUAGUUAUAUAUCUGAGAAAAAGAAAAAAAAUGAAGGAAAAAAGAAAAUUGCAGGAAAACCUAGUAUUGAACAUAUAAUUGGAAAGGAAGAAACGAAGGCUGCCAUUCAUACUUUAGAUGAUGCCAUCAGAAGUGGCCAGAUUGACUUUAAUUUGUCUGUCUUCAAAGAUUUACAGAGUGGACAGAUGCUGCCAGUUGAAGAUGCUGUUGGUAAAGGUUUGAUAAAUCCAUCCACUGGUCAGGUUCACUUGCCAUCUGGACAUAUCAUAACACUAGCUGAGGCUUUAGAACGACAGCUGAUUACAAAGAAGAAAGCCAACUUCUUGACCCUUGGUGAAGCUAUAGGCCAAGAAAUAUAUGACCCACAUACUGGCCAUGUGGCUGACCCAGAAAGUGGGCAGGAAAUCACUCUCCAAGAGGCACUUGAUAGAGAAAUUAUUCAUCCUGAACAUGCAGGCAUUUUCAUCCAUCCUGUCACACAAGAGAAUUUGACCCUUCAAGGAGCCAUAGAAGUGGGACUGGUAGAUGGUCAGGCUGGAAAAAUUGUCCAUCCUGAUAAUGGAAUGUUGGUCAGUUUAGAUGAUGCUAUAUCUAAUGGUUGGCUUAUUUCUUCGGCAACUCCCAUUUCACUGUCAGAAGCAAAGGAGCAGGGUCUUGUUGACUUUUCUUCUGGAUCCAUAGUGGAACCAACUUCAGGUCAAGAACUAACAUUUGAAGAGGCAGUAAAAGCAGGAUUGCUCCAAGACAAAAAUGUUGACACUUUGAGAAAUAUGUCAGCCGAGGAUUUUGAUUCAAACAUUACUGAUUUACAACAUGAGGCAUUCAAACUUGAGGCCAAAUCUGAGUCACAUGAUGCAGCAGACAUGUCUAAACAGAUACAGAAUACAAGGCAGGUUAAAUCACUAGAUAUGAAGGGGGCUAAAGAAUCUGAAAAAAUCAAGCCUGCCAUUACAAGGAGGCCCAGACUUCCUUCACCAACUGCUCCCAAGAGUCCCCUGCUGGAAGCUAUGCCAGGCGAGCAGUGCUAUGGCGUCUCUCUGUCCAAGGCACUGGAGGUUGGGUUAUAUGAAACUAAGACUGGUAGGUUCUAUGAUCCUAGUAGUGGAGGUCAUGUUACACUCCAUCAGGCUCUUAAUUGUGGUCUGCUGAACCCAAGUGGCAGAGAAAUUUUGGACCAGUCAGGUGCAAAGCUGACCUUGGAUGAAGCUGUUCAGAAGGGGAUAGUAGAUUUGCGCAAAGGAUUUUUAAUUGAUCCUAACACUGGGGAGCGCUUACACAUGGAUCAGGCAUUUGAAAGGGGGCUGAUUGCUCCUUCAGAAAAAGGGGAAGUGAAUGGCCAUGUCCAGGGUUUGACUCUUGCUGAUGCACUCCAGCAAGGCCUCAUUAACACCACCACUGGUAUCAUAACAGACCCUGUCACAGGGAGAGUACACACCAUGGGAGAGGCAGUGGCACAGGGGCUGAUUGAUGGAGAUGCCUCCAUGGUCAUUGACCCAAUAACACUCAAACCAGUCUCUGUGUCUGUAGCCUUGGCUUCUAGAAUUAUGGAACCUAGAACUGGAAAACUGAGGCUGCCAGAUAAAUUCAACAGUCUUACAAUCGAGCAAGCUCAAGAGAAAGGACUGAUAAUCCUAAAAGGAAAGCAACAUGGUGAUGAUCGGUAUCCAUUAGGUGAUGUUAUAGCUGAAAUUACUGCAAGCCAAGAAGCUAUCUCCUCCCUCUCUAGUUCAGAUAGGAUGGGCAGACUAAAAGGAGAUGAGGAAAAAGAGGCAGUGCAUGCCCAUGUUCAGUUUGACAUGUCACUGAAUACUGUCACUGGUUCUGAGAAAGCUGUAGUUAGUGGAUCAUCUGACCCAAUGGCAUUGAUGGGCCUAGAAACUGAACUAACUUUAACAUCUAGUAGAUCUUUUGAACAGCAGUCUGCAGGUCCUGUACCUUCACAGCAAUCCAGAAGCAUUUCACAGUCAUUGCCCAGACAGGCACAGAGGAGGAAGGUUUCAGUGGACGGACUGCUUAUGGAAGAAACCAAGGACUAUGUAGCAGAAACGUACGAACAGGUUGUGCAAGAGUUGCGGAAUCAGACAAACUGGAUCACCGAUGUUGAACAUUACUUUGACAACCAGCGACCUAUAACAGAUGACAGCACAGAACUCCAGAAGUUACUCCUAGAACAGCAGAGUGUGCAGAAGGAGAUCUCUAACCAUCACAGUCCACUCCUAGCUGCUGUCACGCAGGCAGAACAACUACUGGAUGACCACAUUGAUGAAUUAGAUGAUGACCAGGUCAACCAGCUUCAAGCUCUUGUAGGGAACCUCAAAAACCGACUGGAUAAUGUCUGUGUUGAAUCAGAAUCUCGCUUGAAACAUUUAGAAGGAAGUUCUCAAGAACUACAGAAGUUCAGUGGUGAACUUGGCAAGGUUCUUGCAUGGUUGCAAGCAGCAAAGGAAAAUGUCACUCCAAAAACUGCCAUCAAUCUAAACAAGCUGAAAGAACACAUGGACAAGCACAGGGCAUUUAGUCGGGAAGUGAUGGCCCAUGAGGCUGAUCUACGCUUCCUCAAUAUGGCUGCACAGCAUUUCAUGGAUGAGGCAAAGCAAUUUCAAAAAUGCCAACUCAAAUACAAAAAGGGAGGUGAUCGGUCCUCUAAGCACCUCAUAUUACCUGGUGAGGAUAUAGAGGGCGUUAGGGACAAGGUCAAGGACACCAUGGACUCCUAUCAGGACAUUUUAGAUCAGUGUAAUGCCUAUUCAGAAAAACUUGAUAAAACCUCAGAGAAAAAUAAACAUUUCCUGGAGACAGUUGGAAAAAUUGAAGACUGGAUAAAAUCUGCCGAUAAAAGACUCAAUGAAUUGGACUGGGAAGGUGUUUCAAACGAUGCCCAGGGAAUGUAUAGACAACUAGAAAAGAUCAGAACAAUAAAUGCUGAGGCUAUAGCACAAUCAAAAACUGAUCGAGAUGUGAAACACACAGGAAAAGAAUUGAUAGUGUGUUUAAGAGAACUCAGAGCCAGCGAUGUUCAGAUAGAAGAUGUGGAGCAUCGAAUGAAUGAUGUUGAAGAUCAGCAUGGGUUUAUUACUGCAGAUCUUAUGUCACGUUCAAGUGUGUUACAAACAACCAUGGUACAGUCACAAGGUGUCCGGGAAAGUUUGGAUGGUCUUACAGAUUGGCUGACAAAUGUGGAGGCCAAAAUAAGAAACUUAAGACCAAUAAGUCUUAACAGAGACACGUUAAAAGAGCAGAUGAGUGAAAUUGAAGUUUUGCAAGCUGACAUUGAUGCCCAGCAACAAGCUGUGGAAAGUGUGAAUAAAAAAGGUGCUGAAAUUAUUAAAAAUAGUGACUCUGAAGUAUCAAAGUCAAUGCAGGCAAAACUGAAAGACCUUAACACAAGAUUUGGUGAGGCUUUAUCAAGAGCUGACACUCGUGUCCGAGACCUGGAAGAGGUUUCAGACAGACUAACUGCAUUCCAAACAGCUUUGAAAAAUUUUGACGAGUGGUGCAUACCCACUCUGGAUUCUUUGGACUCAAAGACAACUCUGCAAUUAGAACCUGCUCAAUUCAAGGAGAAAGUAGACAUUUUUGCUCAAGAAAAAGACAGUCAGCUGCCAUAUUUAGAAAAGUUGCGCCACCUGGGUAAAGACCUCAUUGAAGAUCCAAGAACUAUGGAGACUGGUUUGGUGAAAGAUGCUUUAACAAAUGUAGAACACAGCUGGCAUGACAUUACUGCUUUACUGUCAGAGAGGGAAAAGGAUGCAGAGAUGAGGGAGAAACAUUCCACAGGUUAUGCCAAUCUAAGGACACUAGUGUUGUUGUGGCUAGAUGGUUUUGAGGCCAAAGUGUAUGAACUCCAGCCUGUAGCUGUCAAGAUGGAGGUUGUCAAAAAGCAAAAGGAUGAACUUAAGCCUCUGAUAGAGGAGUGUGAAAACUACGGCACUACUAUUGAUGAAAUCAAUGAUGUAGGCAAUGCAUAUGACCAGUUGCAGCAAGGAGAAAGAAAUAUUAGCCCAAUACGAAGAACGAGACAACGCGUUUCCUCAUUGCGCUCACCAUCACGAUUAAAAACCCCGUCCCCUACACGAAGUGGACCUAAGUCACCUGGCUAUGUCAAUGGCUCUGUGUCAAGUGAAUCCAGUGGUGUCAGCAGCCGCAAGAGCUCUGUAGACAACUUUUUGUCUCUUGAAGAUCUCACUGAAACACAAUGCCAACUAAUUGACAUCAAUCAGCGCUACGAGAUGCUGAAUGAUCUUCUGGCUGAUCGUCAAGCAGAAAUUGAUAGAACUCUCCUGAGUCUAGAGGCCCAGAAAGUGGACCUUGAGAAUGUGAAAACAUGGCUCCAGGAACACAAAGUGGACCCUGCAGAACACGUGCCUGCAAGUCAGAGCAAAUCUCAGCAGUUGCUUAAGGAUCAUGCAAAAUUCGAGGCUGAGAUGCACAGUAAAGAAGACUUAAUAGCUGCCAUGAAGGAAAGGGUGACAGAACUGGUCAAAAACAAGGGGGAUCAGUCUGGCACAGCUGAACUAGUGAAAAAUCUACAGCAGCUUGAGGAGGAGUUCACUGAUGCCAAAGCUGCGUGUGAGCAGAGGCGCAGAUCCCUGGCCAACAUGGUGGAAGACAUGAAAGAGUUCAAAGACACUUCACGUCACCUGGACAAAUGGCUGGCCCAGAAGGAGAAGAUGGUGGCUGUGCUGGGCCCCAUUGCUACUGAGGAAACACAGAUACAGAACCAACUAGAACAAGUCAAGGUUUUAGAAGAAGAGCUUGCUGGUCACCAGCACCAGUAUGAACAACUGGUACAGGCAGGCAGCUCCAUUCUAGACCAAUGUGAACCUGAGUCCAAGGAAGCCCAGAGAAUCAGCCAACAACUUGAAGAAAUCAGUAAAAAGUGGAACAAUCUGGAGUCCAGUCUUCAGCAGAGAGAGAACACUUUGAAAGAAGUGCAGACGGUCAGUGCUGGCUUCUACGAUGCUAUACAAGACAUAGGAGAGUGGGCCCCAAAGACAAUGGACAGACUCAGUCGCCAGGCUAGCAUUUCUUCACAGGCAGAUAUCAUGAGAGAGCAAGAGAGAGAGCUUAAGGACCUUGAGGAAGAAGCUAAAGAAAAAACCAAGAUUUUAGAAGAUGCAAGAAAUGCUUAUGGAAAGAUUAGUGACAAAGUGAAAGACCAGUCUACCAAGCAAGAUUUGAAAAAUAAACUAGAAAUGAUGGAUAAAUCUCUCAGCGACACAAAGAGGAGGAUAGCUGGCAGGAAGGCUGAUCUGAAAGUAGCCAUGAAAGAAGGAGAACAGUUCACCCAGUCUUGUGCAGAUCUGAUGGACUGGGUCCAGGGAGCUAUGACAGAACUGGACAGUGGUCAGCCUGUCUCUGGAGAUGACCUAACUCUCAAGGACCAGCUCAGGCAGCAUGAGGCUCUUCAGAAGGAAAUGGAUGACAGACAGGAUCAGCUUAAACUCCUGCUAGACAAAGGUCAGCAAGUAUUGACCAGCACUCCACCAUCUCCAGCCACUGCUGACCUCCAGAAUAAACUAGACACCAUCAAAUUGCAAUGGGAUGCGUUGGAGAAGAAAGCAACACAUCGGAAGAGAAAACUUUCUGAUUGCAAUGAGAAGUCAUCUGCCUUCCACCAGAGCUUAGAUCACAUGACAACAUGGCUGCAAUUUGCAGAGGAAAAACUGGAAAUGAUGGAACCAGUGGCACUGGAGAGAAUGAAGGUGAUACAGCAGCACAAAGAUGUACAGACCCUACAAACUGAAAUUGUCCGUAAAACUCACAAUCAUGAGAGCUUGAACACCCAAGGACAGACUUUGAUGCAAAAUGUUGAUGUGGAUAAACAGGUGGUUGCAGACCAGCUGGACGCUGUUAACCAAAGAUGGGACAGUCUUAAUAAAGCUGUUGACGAUCGUCUUCUGACACUGGAGGAUAUGUCACAAAAACUUCAUGAAUUUUUUGACCUCAUCAAAGAUCUCUCAACCUCCCUGUCUAAAUAUGAAGAUAAGCUGUCAUCCCAUGAUGCUCUUGGUGCAGUUGCCAAAGGCAGUCGCUACCUGCACAUCAUCCAGUCUCUGCAGGAGGAAGUGCACUCCAUGCAGCCACAGAUAGACUACACACAAGAACUGGCCCAGUCUCUCAUCAGUGCAGGACCAGCCAAUGCCAAAACAUCUCAGAUUACUUCCAGGGUGGAUGAAGUUUCAGAAAGAUAUGAGAAGCUCGCACAGGAAGUAGAUAGUUGGCUAGCGUCCAUUGAGACUGGCUCACAAGUGGUGACUGGUGCACAGCAACAAGUGAAUACAGUUGGCAGACAGCUUCAAGGUUUUGAGGAAGAUUUAGAAAAGAUGGAUGCUUGCGGGAGAGAUCCACAUGUGGUAGAACAACAGUUACAGGAACUACAGGCAUUCAGUGCUCAGAUAAGUGAGGGAGCAGCUGCAGUCAAUGAGGCUGAGGAGAGAUGUCACAAUGUGAUGAGCCAGGGAUACAUAGGACAUGGAGACCCCAUGUUAGCUCAGGUUGAGGACCUCAAGAAGCAGCACUCUAGGAUAUCAGACAGAGUAGCUCAGCGCCAAGGAGAGCUGUCAGGCAUGAUGAAUAAAUUGGAUGAUUUCCAUGAUUCCCUGCGCCAGUUGCACACAGCCAUUGACAGGGCAGCUGAAGAGCAGGAAUCUCAGAAUCCAGUGGGUGGAAAUGCUGACAAUCUGAAGAAGCUUCUACAAGAGUUGAAGACCUUUGAGAAGAAGAGUCUUGAGCCCAUACAGAAGCAGUUAGAGGUUGUCAGUAAGCAGGGCCAGCAGUUGGUGUCAUCUGCUGCACCAGGGGUCAGCACCAGCGGUCUGGAAUGUGACAUAGAGAGCCUUAUGGAUAAGUGGAAUGAACUCAACCAGAAGGUCCGUGACCGAGAGGCUGCUUUAGAUGAUGCCUUGUUACAAAGUGGCAAGUUCAGUGAAGCUGUAUCUGCUCUACUGGAUUGGCUGGGGGAGACAGAGGAACUGAUGGAACACCAGAAAGAGCCGUCUGCUGACUACAAAGUGGCUAAGGCUCAAAUGCAGGAGCAAAAGUUCCUCCAAAAAAUGUUGGAAGACAGACAAGGUAAUGUGGAAGCAAUCAAGAAAAUUGGUUCUAAACUCAGCACAGAAGAUUCUGAUGGCCAGCAGGUGUCAGCACAGGUGAAUGAUAUUGUAAAAAGGUACGAGGAGCUCAAAGCAGGAGCGACAGAGCGUCGCCAGAGUCUGGACACCAUGAUGACCGUUGCCAAGGAGUUCCAAGAGAAGCUGGAGCCAGUGAUUGACUGGUUGGAUACUACUGAGAAAAAGAUGGCUUCAGCAGAACCUGUAGCAACAGAGAGUGAAAAGAUCAGACAACAACUUCAUCAUCAAAAGGAGGUGAAUGAAGAAGUUGCAGAUCAUGGAGAAGACCUGGCAGCUGCACUAAAGAAAGGGGAAGAGUUACUUCAACUUUGCAAUGGGGAAGAAAGAGCCCAUGUGCAAGAAAAACUUGAUGAACUGAAACUGCGCUAUAGUGCUCUGAAUGAGAAGAGUGCAGAUAGAUUACAACAAAUGGACGAAGUAUUACCUCUGGCAGAGGAGUUUGAAGACGCACAUGGGAAGUUUUUGGAUUUGCUGAAUAGAUUAGAACCAGAAUUAAGAGGCAAAGAUAUGUCAGGAAAAGAAGGAGAGAAUCAAUUAGAGGAAAUUCAAGCUCAGAUGAACAACUUAGUACCUAUCCUGACUGCCGUUUCUCAGACUGGUCACCCCUUGUCCAAGCUGGCCAUUGGCUCUGCAGGGGCCGCAGAGAUAGAGGACCUCAUCAACAAAGAUACUAAGAGGUUUGAGGCUUUGAAGGAGCAAGUGGACAAAAAGGCAGAGAAAAUUAACUUCUCAAAACAAAGAUCACAAGAGCUUUUGAAAGACAUUUCUGACCUUAUGGACUGGUUUGAGCAGACAGGAAGACUUAUCCAGACAGCUCAGCCCAUCAGCUCAGAUCCUGGUGUUUUGAAGGAACAGUUGCAGGACCACAAGGCCUUGACUGAAGAAAUGAACCAGAAUAAAGGAAAAGCCAGAGAGGUGGUCACCAUUGGCAGAAAACUCCUGCGUGAGACCUCUAUUGAAGAUGACGGAACCAUCCAAGACAAAAUGGAUGACCUCAAACAGUUAACAGACAAUGUAUCCCGCCUGUGCACUGACCGGCUCGGACUCCUGGAACAAGCCAUGCCACUGUCUGUCCACUUCCAUGACACCCACAGGGACUUGGAGGCUUGGUUUGAGGCAGUGGAGGAGAAGAUAACUGAACAAGAUGUCCCUGCCCUGAACACUGACCAGAUUAAGAAACAGCAAGAUGGAGUCAGGAUUCUGAGGCAAGAAAUAAUAGAACAGAAACCACUAGUUGAUAAGCUAAACAAGACUGGCCAGGCCAUGAUAAAGUUAUGUGGACUGGAGGAGGCAAGGAAGAUACAAGAGUUCAUGGAUACUGACAACAACAGGUUUGAAAUGAUUAAGAACAGCACCAGGGAAAGAUCCAACAACCUGGAGGAAGUUAUGCAGCAGACGUCUGAGUUUUCUGAGAAACUGGACAAUAUGCUAGAGACAUUGGUUGCCACGGCAGAGCAGGUGGAGCAUGCUGAGCCUGUGUCUGCACACCCUGACAAACUAAGGGACCAGCUUGAGGAGAAUAAGGCUAUAAUCGAGGACUUAGACCGUAGACUUGCUGCUCUGCACUCUGUGAAAGCCUCAGCCAGCGAACUCAUCAGUCAGGCUGUUGAUGAAGAGGAUGAGUCUGUUAAAGACAUGAAGGACAAGGUGGAUGAGCUGGUGCAGUUGUAUAGUGACAUCAGGAAGGCAACAGAGGAGAGGACGGCUGUGUUAGAGGAGACACUGGAGGUGUCUGACACAUUCUGGGUGGAGCUUAACCAGCUGAUGGGGACACUGAAGGAGAUGCAGGACACUGUGGAAUUGCAGGAGGUGCCAGCAUUGCAACCAGAACUGAUCAGAGAACAACAGGAAGUCCUGGAGGCUUUAAAAGAAGACAUUGAGGCCUCCCACACUGAUGUGGAUGAUGUGCACCAAGUUGGGAAGCGUCUGAUAGAACUGUGUGGAGAGCCAGACCGCCCUGAGGUGGAGAAGAAUAUAGAAGAGGUGGACACACACUGGCAGGAUGUCCAGGCACAGAUGGUCACCAGGGCCAAGUUACUGGAGGAUGCCAUGUCCAAGGCUACCAAGUUCCAAGAAUCUCUAAUUCACUUGCUGGACUGGCUUCAAGUGACAGAAGAAGCUUUUAUAGGCCUGGGACCCAUUGGCGCAGACACCGACACAGUCAAAAUGCAGAUUGAUGCACUGAAGGCAUUCAAAGGUGCCGUGGACCCCAAGCAUGUGUCUGUAGAGGCUCUGAACCAUCUUGGUCAGGAGCUGAUCAAGGACAGCACCACUGACCAGGGGGCUGUGGUCAAGGAUCAGGUUGCAGAAGUCAAUAAAAGAUGGGACGCUCUCAUAGAUGGCAUAGGGGAGAGAAGGGCUAAGCUUCAACAAGCUCUAUUGAACCUGGGUGCAUUCCACGUAGCCAUGAAUGAGCUGCUGUCAUGGCUGGAUAAGACAGAGCAGACACUUGAUGAGAUACAACCAGCACUGGGAGACACCAGACUAAUGGAGAUAGCUAUGUCUAAGCACAAGAUUGUCCAGAAUGACGUUGAGGCCCAUCGUUCCAGUGUGGACUCUGUCAAUGAUGCUGGGAAGCAAGUGAUCUCCAGCGAGGGCAGUGCAGAUGCUUCUUCCACCAGACACAAGCUCGACCUCCUCAACAUGCGUUGGGAUGCUGUGCUAGGGAAGACCAGGGAUAAACAACUGGAUUUGGAACAUGCAUACAGAGAGGCUCAAGUCUUCCAUGGUGAACUAGCUGACACCUUACAAAGACUAAGUGACAUAGAUGCCCAUCUUAUCACAUCUAAACCUGUGGGAGGGCUGCCAGAGAGUGCCAAAGAUCAGCUCAACAGAUUCUUAGAAAUAUUCAAAGACCUGGAAGGGAAUGAGCCAAGAGUUCAAGAUUUACUGAGUGAAGGAGAGAAAAUAGUUCAGAAGUGUGGAGAAACAACUGCCACCAACCUCAACCAAAAUCUCCAAGCUUUGAAGAACCGUUGGGAUAAUGUUAGGGCAAGGGCCAAGGACAGGAGGAAGAAGCUGGAGGAUGCUCUUGCCCAGGCAGACAAGUUCCAGGCUGACCUGAACAGCUUCAUAGCUUGGCUGACCAACACAGAGAGAAAUAUCAACAACCUGAAGCCUGUCAGCAGAGUUCUGCAGACCAUUGUGGAUCAAAUAGAGGAACAUAAGGGCCUGCAGAAAGAUAUCAGCAGUAACAGAGAGAAGAUGGCAGCUCUGGACAAGACUGGGACCCACUUGAAGUACUUCAGCCAGAAACAGGAUGUGAUCUUGAUCAAGAACCUGCUGCUCAGUGUCCAGCACAGAUGGGAAAAGGUGGUGUCCAGGUCAGCAGAGAGGACAAGACAACUGGACCAUGGAUUUAAACAAGCCAGACAGUUCCAUGAAGUUUGGCAGGAGCUCAAUGACUGGUUGAACCAGAGUGAGGCAAUGUUGGACACAGAACAAACAAUUUCCAAUGAUCCUGUUAAAAUCAAGGAACAGAUAAAUAAACACAAGGAAUUCCAACGUACCUUGGGUGCCAAGCAGCCGAUCUAUGACACAGUGCAGAGGAUGGGGAGAGUUUUGAAGGAGAAGAGCUCAGAGGCUGAUGAACCUGUGCUUCAGAACCUCCUCCACGAGGUGAAGAACAAGUGGAACAGUGUGUGUGGGAAGUCUGUAGAAAGACAAAGAAGACUUGAAGAAGCUUUACUGUUUUCUGGUCACCUGCGUGAUGCUCUGUCAGCCUUACUGGACUGGCUGUACAAAGUGGAGCCCACGCUGACAGAGGAGCAGAUGGUGCAUGGAGACAUGGACACUGUCAUAGCUCUGCUGGAGGAACACAAGGCAUUUCAACAAGAACUGGGUAAGAGGUCCAGCAGUGUAGGCUCUGUACAGAAAUCUGGUAAAGAUCUGAUUGAGAACUCAGAGGAGGAUGCAGGAGAUCUACAGAAUGACCUGAUAGAACUGAAGACGCGCUGGGAUAGGGUGUGCAAACUCAGUGUAGACAAGCAGAAGAGGCUAGAUGAGGCUAUGAAAAAGGCUGAAGACUUCCACAAAAGAGCACAGCAACUGUUGGAGUGGAUGGCAGAUGCUGAAAUGCACCUUCGAUAUCAUUCUCACAUUGCUGAUGACGAGGAAGAGUUGAGUCAACAGCUUGAAGACAUGAAGAGUUUACAAGCUGAGUUAGUGAAGCAAGAAGAGAACUUGAAGACUACCCUAGCAUUGGGAGGAGAUAUCUUAAAACAGAGUCACCCAGUUGCUGUGAUGCCAGUCAAACACUGGAUCACCAUAUUACAGGCUAGGUGGGAGGAGAUCUCUACGUGGGCCAAUCAACGUGAACGUCGUCUGACAGAUGCCCUGUCUGAGCUGCAUAACAGCAUGGCAUUGCUAGACAAACUGAUGACCUGGCUGCAGACGGCAGAAAGUCACCUGACCUACCAGGAGCAGGAGCCACUGCCAGUGGACAUGGAGGAGAUAGAAAAGUUGACCAAAGAACAUGAGGAGUUUGAGAAUGACAUGACCAGCAGACAGCCAGACUAUGACUGUCUCACCAAGACACAGAAGAGGAGGCCAUCUUUAGACAGCAGCUCAGGCCUCCUCAGUCCUUUUGAGAGAGGGUCCCCCAAGAGAAGCUCAACACCAAGGCAAAUGAAAUAUGAUGCCAGGGGUCGUGCAGGUAGCACCCCCACCCCUACUGCAGAGCCCCAGUUUAAGAACCCCAGGGUGACGGCUCUGUUUAACAAGUGGCGCCAUGUGUGGCUGAUGGCCAUGGACAGGAGGAGGAAGCUGCAGGAUGCUCAAGAUUACUUCAAAGAAAUGGAAAGACUAAAAGACUUCAACUUUGAGACAUGGCGAAAGAGGUACAUGAAAUGGAUGAAUCACAACAAGUCCCGUAUCAUGGAUUUUUUCCGCAAGCAAGAUAAGGAUAGAGAUGGAAAAGUGACACGUCAGGAAUUCAUUGAUGGCAUUCUCAUUUCAAAAUUCCCUACUUCUCGUCUAGAAAUGGAAGCAGUGGCUAACAUAUUUGAUCACGAUAAAGAUGGCUUCAUUGACUACAGAGAAUUUGUAGCUGCUCUGAGACCAGACAAUAAGGCUGCAAAACCAGAACAGACAGACAAUGAACGCAUUCUGGAUGAAGUCAAGAGGCAGGUGAACAAGUGCAGAUGUCAGAAGAAAUUCCAUAUUCACAAAAUUGGAGAAGGGAAAUAUAGGUUUGGUGACUCCCAGAAGCUGCGCUUGGUCCGCAUUUUGCGCAGCACUGUCAUGGUCCGAGUUGGUGGGGGCUGGAUCGCGCUGGAUGAAUUUUUAGUAAAGAAUGAUCCCUGUAGAGCCAAGGGUCGUACCAAUGUAGAACUGCGUGAACAGUUUAUUUUGGCCCAAGGUGUCAGUCAGUCUAUGGCCGGCUUUGUCUCCAAGAGUUCUGGUAGCUCUAGUGGUGGCACAGCCUCUGCAAGCAGUCGGUCUGCCAGCACAACAAGUGGGCCUGUCUCUGUGGCAAGGAGACCUCCCCUGCCAGGUUGGAGACAGCAGCAGCCAGUAGCCUUUAGUCCAGAUCGUGAAGUGUCCUUGUAUAUGUCUCAGAGUCCUCGUGCUAGAGCAGCCACUAGGGACACAUUAAGUCCAGGUGCCGCUAGUUUUGCCAGUAGUCGCACCAGUAGUCGUCCAUCCAGUCGCGCUGGUAGCGACAUAUCAGAGCCAUAUGGCGAGGACCCAGAGAUGUACACCACUAUGCAGACAGAGACCAGGAAUGUUGGGGGCAGAAAUGUGACCACCACAACAUAUCAGACACAUGUUGUAAGGGACCGUACUGCUGACCCUAGACGGACCACACCUUCUAAAAUCCCAACACCAUCCAAGAUCCCAACACCCACUUCUAAAAUUCCAACACCUACUUCCAAGAUUCCAGUAGGCAAACGUAGAGGCAGUCAGCAGUAAUGUUUAAGCUUACAGCUUUUAAAUCAUCCAAAGAGGCUUACAGUGCCUGAAACAUUGUCACAAAAGCUUCUAGCACCGCUUUGAUUGUUGUGGAGCCUACAGUGACUUUCUCAUAAAACUAUGAUGUGACUUGUUGGUGAGUUAUCCAUUGAUGAAGACCAGAAUUCCUGGCCUGUGUGUGACAGAGUAAAGAUUAUUCAGCAUUUAUAUUAAGGAAGCCUGUUUUAACUUUACUCUGGUGUCUGUUAUAGGCAUCCUGAUGACUGUGAUUUUUUAUAUCAUGACAAAAAAUGUACAUGCACGAACAUGUAGAUCUGAAAUUGUCCCAAACAUACUCAAAUAAAUGCAUAAUCAUGGGGAAAUGAAAGAUAUAAGAACAAAUCUUUAAAUUUGAAAUAAAAAUUUAUCACAUACCUCAGUUAAAACAUAAUCUGAUAAAACUAACUGGGUUUGGGUAGUUUUAAGAAAUAAUAUAUGGGUCAUCCAGUUGUAUCUUACAUGUAGCUAGAAAGACUAGUUGUCUGUGCGUUUAGUUCAUCAAGUUAUUUUUUGUUACUCAAGACCUGCCAUCUUUUUUGAUGAAAGCCAAUGUGUUGUUUUUAAAGUAAACAUAUCAUUUAAUGCAACUUAGUUUUUGAAUUUAGGUUUAUUUAUCUAUCUACUUAACUCAAUGUGUAUGAAAUGCACAUCAUACAUUUUUGUGAGAUGUAUUCAUUUAUGUAUAUAUGCUGCUUUUGGUUGGGUCUAACUGUGCAAGUAAGUGUAUAUAAUAAUGCUAAGUUUUCAUACCAAUGAUAAAAAUCACGCUCUUUUGUGUAUAUGUAUACUGCAUUAUAUUGCAUUAUGUAGCUGCAAGCUUUAAUUGCAGAUGAUGGGAAGAUGAAUAAAAUGAAUUUGAAGAAUA